UUUGUCACCAUGUGAACCAACUUUUCUCUAUUUUCUUAAAAAAAAGAAUUAUGUUCAGAGUCUUAGAAACAAUAAGCAACAUAACCAUCUUAGCAUUAUCAUUUAGAUUUACCAACUAAUGCUUUAACAUUGUCAUACUUUCAUAAAUAUAAUAUAUUCGGACGAAUUACAUAUCAUUCUAAGAUGGAAACCAAAAAAAAGAAGAACAACAAGAAAAAAAAGAAGAGUGCCAUUUUGGUUACACAGUAUACAGAAUGGCCAUCCAGUGAUGAUUCCUCAGACAAUGACUACAUACCAAUGGAUGACUCUGAUGAAGAACAGUUGGUAUUACGCAAAACGAAACGACAGAGAGUGACAGAAGACAAAACCCCUGUUGUACACUUCUCUCAUAUCAAUGCUGUGCCUAUUGAUGUUUGGGUUGAGAUUUUCUCACGUUGUGUGGAAUUGGAAGGUGCCUUACCAUUUCUUGUCAGAGCUUCACAAGUUUGUCGAACGUGGUAUGAAGCAUCAAAGUGCCCAAGACUCUGGCAAAACAUCGACCUUACAUACGGCUGGAUAAAGUCUGUUGAUUCCACUUUGAAAUGGCUCAGUAAGAACCGUCUUCUACAAUGCAAGUCUCUUAACUUGAGUGGAUGGAAAAAUCUGACUGCCGAAGGACUAAGAGCUGUUGCACUCAACUGCCCUAAUUUAGAAAACUUGGAUAUAUCAAAUACUGCCAAAAAGCUACAGAACGAAGGUAUAAAUGCUAUAACUCAGAACUGCCCCAAACUUUCUACAAUUAAUCUUCUAGAUUGCAAAUCUCUUGAAAAAAAUCAUGUCCCAUUAGAAUCACUUCUGGCAAAUUCAUCCAACAGCCUUACUCAUCUCACUUUUGGUGGAAUUGUUGUUCAACAGCAGAAGAUUAAUGAGUUGUUUAAUACUCAACUUAUCAACUGUCACAAUCUUGAGGUUUUAGAGCUCAUUAAUAUUUCCUGUACUCGGCUCAACAUCGAUAUAGAGAAGUUCCAAAUUUCGCUCCGCAAGCUGUCCAAACUUGCCAUUAUAAAAUGUCCGCUUGUGUCUCCCAAAGUUACAAAAUUACAAAUGGAAGAAUCAGCUGGGUUCCCGAUGCUAAAACACCUUUCUUUAAGUUUGUCUGACAAAAAUUCAGUGUUGACUGAAACAGCUCAUAAUAUUUUGAAAAGAUUACUAAAGAACUCACAUAACCUGGAAAUCCUUGAACUUGAUCAGUUUUGCAAAAUCACACCAGAAGUAAUUAAUUAUGUUACGUCUGAUAAACUUAAAUUCCUGCAGUUGUCCAGGAACGCCAUUAUUCAAGAUGUUUCAUUAGUUCAGUUCUCCUCGACUUUGGAAAGCUUGGAUCUAUCAGAUAUUGUACCUCGUCAUCGGGUAAAUGAAUUACUAAGUGGUUUAGUCCAGCCUCCUGGAUCUCAGCUAUCUCGAUUAGAUGUCUCCAACUCUCAGAUUUCUCUUGAAGUUCUCCAGUUACUCCUCAAGACGCUACAACAUAUGAAAUACCUCAACAUUUCUUAUUGCCGUGAGUUACCCAGAGGAAUUAAGCGACUUCAUAUUGAUAAAGAAAUUCAAGACUUACGCAAGAGACUUCUUUGAGAUCUUCAUGCUGUAUGUACAUAUAUAUGCUGGCAUGUUGACAGGAAAUCCUUGCAUACAUUCCUCAUAGUUUUACAGAAUGUUCUAGGUGUAUUUAUUGUGGUAUCCUUAUAAAAGAAGUUGUAAUGUC